AUGUUUUUAGGGAAGAAUUUUUGUACCAGAACACAUACAACAAACCUACUCAACGGAAUAAGAUACACUACAAGAAGAAAGGAAUCCCAUAAUAUAUGCAGAAUAGAAAAAAUUAAAUACAUAAAUAAAAUUAUAGAAAUGGCAGAAUCAGAUCACAGAGCACACAGAAGUAGACAACUAUACCAGAAAGUGAAUAGGAUGAGAAAAGGAUAUAAAGAGCGUGAAACAUUUAUAAUAAAUAAGAAUGGAGAACUGAUAACAACAAAGAUGGAAAGAACAGAAAGAUGGGCCAAAUAUUUUGAACAGUUGUUCAAUGGAGAAGACCCUGAAGAAAUCUUUGAUUGUAUACAAUAA